AGAACAGACAGAUCUCACUUUCAUCCCGACGGAGAGCAUGGAGGCAGACGAGAGACAAGUUCUGAGGGAGGGCUUCCUGGUGAAAAGGGGUCACCUGGUCCACAACUGGAAGGCCCGUUGGUUUGUGCUGACGCCAGACAAGCUGCUGUACUACAAGUACGACGGAGGCAGACGGGACUCGUGCCAGCGGGGCAAGAUCCUGCUCAAGGACUGCCAGAUAACCUGCCCCUUCCUGGAGCACGAGGGUCGGCCGUUGGUGUUCAGGCUGCACACCAAGCACGGCGUGGACCACUUCCUGGAGGCCUGCUCCCGGGAGGAGAGGGACGAGUGGGCGGGGGACAUCACAGCCGCGGUCCAGAAGCUGGCGGUGGCCGACGGUGCUGACGCCAAGGACCCGAAGGAUGCGGACGAGUCCCAAUUACACGACGUCAAUCUGAGCAAGGUGCUGGACGCCAUGUACGACGUGCACAGCGGCAUCAGGCUGAGCAGCCACGUGGAGCAGGGCAGCACCUACAGCAACUGCUUCUCAGGCUCGGCGGUGGUCGACUGGCUGGUGUUCGCCCAGUUCGCCCUGACCCGCGUGGAGGCCGUGACGCUGGCCUCGGCCCUGCUGGAGAUGGGCUGCCUGCGGACCGUGGGCCUUAGGAGCGUGGAGGCGUUCCGCACGGCCGGCCUCAGCGAGCAGUUCGUGGACGACUCCACCGCCCUCUACAGCUUUUCCGACAGUCUGAAGAAACGUGCGAACGUGAAGGCGGAGACGUCACUGUCGGCCGUGGAGCUGAGUGGGAAGGUGAUGAAGAGAGGAUACCUGCUGAAACAGGGCCACCGGAGGAAGAACUGGAAGGUGCGUCUGUUCGUGCUGCGCUCGGAGCCGGCGUUCCUGCACUACUACGACCCCACCAAGGAUGACAUCAGCCCCGUGGGCGGCUUCACGCUGCGAGGCUGUCUGGUGUCUUCUCUGGACGACAACGGAGUUCCCUCAGGUGUGAAGGGCAACAUCCAGGGGAACCUGUUUAAGAUCAUCACCCAGGCCGACACCCACUACUUCAUCCAGGCGCCGACGCACCAGGAGAAGAUGGACUGGAUCGACGCCAUCAGGGUCGAGACGUAGAGAGGAGCGGUGAUGAGGAGCUUUGCUUCAUUCCAUGAAUGUAUGUUAGCGGGACCGAGGUGAACCGCAUCAACAGCAGCUUCUCUCGGAACCGUUGUCUCUGUGUGUUAUUUUGUUUUUAUAAGUAUUUUUGCUUCCCAUUACACAAUAUAUCCACUAUUUCCACUUUAUUUUAAAUGUAAGGUCAAAUCAGCUCCUGAAGCAUCUUUGAAAUUAUUAUCUUCUGCUGCUUCAUGCUUCUGAUGGCUAUUCAGGGUAAAAUGUUGGUUAUUAAGUUACGAUGCUGCUUUACUGC